CUUUCCAAAGACAUUUAUUCAAGAAAUAUAGAGACUUCUGCAUCAUUUGUCAGGAGACGGCAUUUGACAACACAGUUUCCACAGUCCACCCCAACCAGCAUCUUUUCAUUCAUAAGUACUUCGUCCAACCAAAAAGCAGAAAAACGCACCUCCCCAUUUCUAUUUCAACUCGCACGUUUGGGUUCUCUCGUCGAUAGAUCUACAUCUCCAAACCAGCCUAGUGCCAAAAAGCGAUACCCACUGGAACCCCGAAGAUCCACUUCAAUGUCUACUCAUGUUGAGAGGAACAGAAGAACUGAUAUCGAGCUAUAUUCCAGCGAGAACAGCCGUCUCUUCAAGUCCUUGGUUAGCAUGCGGAAGUCAAGAAAGGACAGCAGGUUAUACAAGUUCUUGGACGAAAACUAAGAAGAACAGGGGAUAAAGGAAACUGGAUAGACCCAUAUAUCAGUUUCUGUGCAUCAAGUGUACCUCAAUAUGUUGAAAUUCGCUGGAAAUACAUUGAUUAUGUCAUAUAACUAAAAACAUUUCAGAUCAGACAGCUACAAAUGAACUUGGCACUAGAACACCCCACAUAAAAACAAGAGCUCGACUGUACAAUUUCACGUGGGAUAGGCAGAAUAUUCUUGUGCACUCCAUCCAGAUGCUUGACAGUAGCAAUAUAUUUGAUUGUGCAAUAAAUAUGGUUCAAAAUCCAA